CUCACUCUUCCUCACUUGUCGAACGGCGGCGCUGGAAACAGAUGAAAAUUAUUUUCAUCCUCCGGAGAGAAGUUGAUCCGAAAGCCACAAGUACAAAGUGCCACCAGCUAUCAGUUGUGAAAUCGUCCUUCGGAACCAGGAACCAACAAUCGCGUCCUUCCAAAGUGUGUCGUGAAUAAUUGUGAAGUGAGAGUGCUCUUAAUUCAACGGAAGUUAUGGACAGUUUUCUGGUAGAUUCCGAUCCGGUCAUCCCGAAGGAUUUGGGCGACAUGCCAAAGGAGCAGCAAAAGUUUGACCUCAUUGCGAAUGACGACGACAGCCACUCCCGUUUUAUGGCCGCGGAAAAAUCGGACAGCUCGAAGAAAUUCCCUUCGGAGGUCACGGACCUGCUCGGGGAUUCGUUCGCCAUGUCCAACCCGGUUCCCGUGCCCCCGCCCGCAACCGCAGCCCACGACAAUCGGGAUCUCUUCCACGAGAAGGAUAAUUUUGACGACUUCUUCAUGAAAUCAGUGGAAGAGAAGAAAAAUCCGGAACCUGCCGCGUUCGCACCGAGCUCCCUGAUUGACAUCGCCGGCGAGCCAGACUUUUUCGGUGCACAGAAGCAGCCAACCGCCUCCGUGGUGGAUGACUUUGAAGACGCCGACCAGGCCGAUGAUCUCACCAAAGCCAAGGACACAAUCGAGAGUGACUACAUGAACCCGUACGCCGAAGUGCGGUCCAACCCGGCCAAAAAGGUCGAAGAACCGCCGCUCGUCGCCGCCGACCCUCCAGCUGCUUCCACAAAGGACGACGACAUCUUCAACGAUUUCUCUAGUCAUCAGGCCGCCAAACUAGACCAAUUUUCCGAGCCAAUGUUCGAUGACUCACCGCCAACUCCGCCGAUCGUGAUCCCCAAAGCAGCUCCAGCCCCUGCUCCUGCUCCGGCCCCCGAACCGGUGGUCAUCACCCCGGCUACCCCGAAGUCAGCUGAUCCGCCCAAGGAGAAGCCCAAACCGGCCCCAACCCCGGUCGUCGUCGCCGAGCAAAUCCAGGCCGAGAAGAUCUUCAAGCAGUUUGGUUUAGAUGCCUGGUUCAAGCCGGAAAAACUUCAUCCUAGAGUGGAAUCGCUGAUCUACUGGCGCGAUGUCAAGAAGUCGGGCAUCGUGUUCGGCGCCGGCCUCUCGGUCCUGAUCGCCAUGUCGCUGUUCUCGCUCAUCAGCGUCUUCUCGUACGUCUCGCUGCUGGUCCUGUUCGGUACGGUGUCGUUCCGGAUCUACAAAAAUGUGCUGCAGGCAGUGCAAAAGACGGCCGAGGGCCACCCCUUCAAGGAAUAUCUGGACUUUGAUCUGACCCUGUCCCAGGAGAAGGUCCAGCAGCUGACCACGGUCGCGGUGGCGCACUUUAACGCCCUGCUGUCGGAGCUGCGCCGUCUGUUUCUGGUCGAGGAUCUCGUCGAUUCGAUCAAGUUUGGCGUCGUCCUGUACUGCUUAACCUACGUCGGUGCCAUCUUCAACGGAAUGACGUGCGUCAUCAUUGCAUUCAUCGCACUCUUCACCUUGCCAAAGGUUUACGAAAACAACAAGCAGUCCAUCGACGCCUACUUGGAGCUGGUCAGAAGCAAAAUUUUGGAAAUCACCGAAAAAGUAAAAGCGGCUGUUCCUAUCGGCAAGAAGGUCGAAGCUGACAAGGAGAAAUAAGUUGAUGUAGAUUGUAUUUCUGAAAGUUUUUCUUUUUAAUUUCCUUAUUUAUUAUUCGACUUGAUGAUUAAACUACCACAAACAAAAGAGAUGUGAAGCAAAGACGAAAUAUCGAUCAUAUUUUUUUUCCAAGAAAAUUGUAAUUAAAAACAAUGUAACCGUUUUAAUAGCAAGUACACAAAACAAAACCCCUAUUGAACGAUGGAAUCCCACUUCGAUUUCUAGUUGAGAAGCGCAGCAGAUCGACAAUGCAAAAAGAAAAAAAAAAACAGAAGAAUAAAUGGAUAAUGAUAUUAAAACAAAACACUCAACAUAAUGUUCUAUUUCCGUUGCCUUUGAUUUUAUCCUCGUGAUUAUUGAAUGGAUCAAAACAAAACAAUACACAACACAAACACACAGCAAACAAAAACAUGCGUAGUAAAAAUAGUUGUAAUAAUUCAAAACAACAAAAAACUCUUUGCAUAGAUGAGAUUAAAACACUCACACAUAAAACGAACCACUGAAAAGAAACAGAAAGAGAGAAGAAAAAAACAAACUUCAACAAAAAAUCCUUUCAGAAUCUUCGUUUUGUCUGAUAAAACUAGAAAAAGAAAUCACCCACAUCAGUCGAAAUCAACCAUUUUCACCCCAAAAUCACCCAAACUCACUCACGAAACUAAGUUUGUACGUUAUUAAAUGAAAAUAAAACAAGUCUUAAGUAUUACUGGAGAAAACAAAACAAAACCAAAAAAAAAAAAGUACUACAAAAACAGUAGAGAUUACAUUUUUCAAUCUCAUCGAAUAGGUCGGAUUUUAAUUGUGUAAUUCGCUUUUUAAUUGCCUUUUUCUCCGUCUCGUGCGAAUGUUGUUGUCUUUUUUCUUUUUUAAAACACAUUUUAUUUUUCCCUAAUUUGCGUGUGUUGUUUUUCUCGCCGUGCACCGAACCGAAUUUGUCGUCUCAAUCCUAGCAGGCCGGAUUGGCGUUUGGAUUCGCAAUUAUUUUAUGCUUUUUUGUUGCCGCGCUGUUGCCAGCGCGCGCACUCUCGACAGCAACGUGUAAACCGAAACCGCUUUUUGAAGGGCAUCUGUGUAAAGUUGAUAAAUUUAAUAAAAAGAAAGUAACAGAACAAACAAAUCGCUCUAUAUUCAUAUUAUAUAUUGUAUUCGUAAGAGUGUUAGGCUUGUUUUGCAAGAAAAAAAAAGCGUGUGCGCGUCACCGAAUCUCCUAAGCUAAUUAUUCUGUUGAACAUUGUGCAUUAUUUAAGCCAAUAAGAAAACAUAAAGAUUAAAAAAAACAAAACAAAAAAAGUCCUAUCGAAGCUCUUUUUCGUUACUCGUUAUCGUAAGCCGUUUGUUUUAGCCUUAUUGAUUGAGCGAAGAGACAUUUUUCGAUUCACCUUUUUCUAGAAGUAAUUUGGAGAAACAGAAACAGAAAAAAAUCCAUUGUAGAGAAAGGAGAGAGAGAAUACAUCAUCAGCAUACCAGCAGAGCACAUACACGAAGAAGAAGAAAAAUAAAAGAUUGCUUGAUACAAACAAAAAAC